AUGUCGCCUAAUCACCUUUUUCUUCAUAUCUUUUCAGCUCUCGGCGAUAACUGCGCUUCAGAUGAAGGGCCCAUGUGCAUGGCGAACUUGCAGAAUCUCCAAGCGAAAGAUGGGGGCGACGUGACGAAGCUCUCGGUCGCCGAGCUUGUGCAGAGAUGUGCCGAUCUACGGCGGAACAUUGUGUGUCUCCUCACGCACACGCAGCGCUGCGUCUCGUUCGACGAACGCAACCAGCCUGCGAAGGUGAUAUUGGAGGCUCGCAAAUACCUGAGAGCUGUCUGUGAGGCCGACGAAUCAGUGAAAGCCCAUUGGAAAGAUAAUAAAUGCUACCGACAGGCUACACUGCAACGUUGCGAUCGAGAGUUCCAAGAAUUGAUGCAGCAUAAGCCCCCCCAGUACCCCCCCACGGAGAAUCAAUGCAGAAACUUUCACCAAUACGAAUCGUGCGUCCAGCGUACUGUGACAUUGUGCAGCGACGAUAGCGAAGAAUUCGUGGCACUGUAUCUCCUCGAUAACGGUGCUCGUAUGGCCUGGCUGUGCCCUCCGAGUGGAGAUGACCAGGGACAUCACCAGGCCAACGCGCUACCGGGACACCUGCCGUGGGACCCCCUGAUGCCGCCGGGAGCAGGUGGCACCCAGCAGGGCAGUUCUAACGGAAAAAAUUCCGGGACGACAAGAAAGACGAUGGCGGACAUUCGACGAAUUCCGGUCAUUCGGGACACUCAUUUCGUGCCCCCACACAAAAUUGAAGCUGCGCUUUCUGGAAGUUCCGGGAGCACCUGCGUGAAGCUCAUCCAAGGCGACAUGAGGCGCUGCCGUAACCGUUACCAGCGGCAGGAGAACGAACUGAGAAAACAGCAUACACGAAAUAAAUCGACAACCGUCGCGAGCGAUGCCCAACAGGUCGGAGACAAAAAGAUUUGUUGCGCCUUCGGAACGUACAUUCAUUGCCUUCAAACAGCCGUGCAGACUCGUUGUAGUCAAGACCGAGAAGCGUUGGUCGAUACGGUAAUUUCGCAAACGUCGAAACUCAUCGGAGUUCACUGCGAAGAAUACUCCUACGGGAGUCCGAAAUGCUCAUCGGGAGCGGCAUCGUUUUCUCCUGCGACCUCCACAUGUCUAGUUUUCCUGUUAGCAGUAUCUCUACGAUAUUUGGCAGUCCGAUGUGCUUUAUUGUAA